AUGGCAUCGAAUCAAUUUACCGUUACCUCCCCUCCGUCAGACGCUAUUUCGGCUUUGAAGUUCUCUCCCGAAUCUAAUUCUACACGAUUCGUUGUAUCGUCGUGGGAUAAGAACGUUUAUCUAUACGAGCUGCGCGAUGAGAAUGGGAAUGUAGGGGAAGGGAAAUUGUUGCAAAAAUUUGAGCACCGCGCUCCGGUGCUAGAUGUGUGCUUCGGCGCAAACGAAGAUGAGAUCUACACGGCUGGUUUGGAUUGGGACGUCAAGAAGAUUGACGUAGCAUCGGCUACGCAUACCGUACUCAGCAGCCACGAUGCAGGUGUUCGAAGCGUUGUCUACAGCAAGGAACACAACCUGGUGAUAUCGGCUUCGUGGGAUUCCACAUUACAUGUACACUGUACCGAUAACACGAACGCUAUUCCCGCAAUUAUUCCUCUUCCUUCCAAGCCAUUUUCCAUGUCUCUUACCGCCACAAAACUCGUCGUCGCAAUGGCCUCGCGCGCCUUAAAUAUAUAUGAUUUGAAGUCUUUGGCUCUUCUGACAGCGCAGUCGGACGGCACAGCUCCGAAUAAGAUCGAGGUGGCACCGUGGCAAAGAAGGGAGAGCAGUCUCAAGUUCAUGACUCGCUCCGUGGCCUGCAUGCCCGACGAUGCAGGAUAUGCCUCUUCGAGCAUUGAGGGACGAGUAGCAGUUGAGUGGUUCGACCCAUCUGCGGAGUCGCAAGCACGGAAAUAUGCAUUCAAGUGCCACCGACAGACAUCAGAUGAAGUAGAUGUGGUUUUCCCAGUUAAUGCGCUUUCAUUCAAUCCCAUUCAUGGCACCUUCGCAUCUGGAGGUGGGGACGGAGUGGUCGCCCUUUGGGAUGGGGUUGCGAAAAGGAGAAUUAGGCAAUACCAGAAGUAUCCGUCAAGCGUUGCUGCUGUAGACUUUAGCAGCAAUGGGAAGUAUUUGGCAAUAGCUAUUAGCCCCGGUUUCGAAGACGGGAAAGAUGAUAUAGCCGGAGGCACAGUCAACAUUUACGUGCGUGAACUUGGGGAGACGGAAGCUAAAGGGAAAGGGGCGAAAUAA